AUGAGUGAACUUGUAUCUCGUUUAAAAUUAAUUCUUCAACGUAUAAAUGAACUAUCACCACCUCAUCGUUCACCUGUUCGUUUAAUUGCCAUAUCAAAGACAAAACCAGUUGAAGAUAUCAUUGAACUUUAUUCUGCUGGUCAACGUUAUUUUGGUGAAAAUUAUGUCGAAGAAUUAGAAAAAAAAUCUAAUAAUCAUUUAAUUCGUAGUCAAUGUCCAGAUAUAUGUUGGCAUUUUGUUGGUCAUCUACAACGGAAAAAGGUUCCUCGAAUUUUAACACGUGUACCAAAUCUUGAUUGUAUUCAAACUAUUGAUUCUACUGACUUAGCUAAUCGUUUAAAUUUAGUUCUUCAAAAACAAUCACGAAAAUUAAAUAUACUUCUACAAAUAAACACAAGUAAUGAAAAACAAAAAUAUGGAAUUGAAUCAAAACAAUUUUUAUCUUUAUAUGAAUAUAUUAAAACAAAAUGUCCAUUAUUAGUAUGUCAAGGUUUAAUGACAAUUGGUUCAUUAAAUAAUGUUCAAACAGAGAAUGAUCAAGAUUUUCAAGUUUUAAUUAAAUGUCGAGAAGAACUAUGUGCAAAGUAUAAUUAUGAAUUAAAUACUAUUGAACUUUCAAUGGGUAUGUCGCAUGAUUAUGAACGUGCUAUUCAAAUGGGAAGUACGAUUGUUCGUGUGGGUAGUUCCAUAUUUGGAGCUCGUCAUUGA